AUGUUGUCAACAUCGUUACGCCGGGCUGCUUGGGCACCUUUGUCCAACGUUGCUCGCCCGGCUCAGAGCCUCCCCCCAACCUCACCCCCAACGGCCUCGGCGCGACCCGCCAUGUGCACCAACGCCGGUAUUCCUCUUCGUCCAAACCGCCCCGAUGGACCACGUCGGAUGGAUGCUUCUGCUCCCGCUAAGGGAGUGAAUGGAGCUGGCGAGAAGAGCAAGGCUCCCCGCCGCCGAGGGAAGGAGAACAGUGCCCGGAACGGAUCCUCCAAGUCGAACCAGCAUGCGGCGUUUUCGAAGCUGCCGAGUGUUCCCUCAACGCAGCACCGACAGCCACAUGAUGUCCAACUAGCGUCGUUCUUCUCCAUCCACCGUCCCAUCUCCGUGACGACCACAGUGCCCCCAAUUUCGAGCGCCGAGGCAUUUGAUGCGAUCUUCGCUUCCAGGAAAUCGCUGAAGAACGAAUCCGACGAUGUCAUCUUCACUUUGUCUUCAACGGUCGAAUCCAUGGAAACCACGGCGCAGUCUAUGUCCGAUUCUGAAGAGCAACUGCACCGCAGCUUCGCCAGCGACCAAGACGGAGAGAUCCGCAUGGUUGAUGUCCCGGAGACGAAGUUGUCUGUGGAGGAACUCACCCGUCGACUCCGCCCGUUCCAUCCCCCGCCGCCGCCGACCCCCAUGGAUACCUCUGCCUCCGAGGCCAUGGAGUCGGCCGAUGCCCAGAAGCAACACGAGACUUCGACCUACUCGACGGUCUUGACGAUCCGUGAAUCUCGGCACGCCGACGGCCGCAAGACCUACGAGGCACACACGGGCCCGUUCGUCCGCGACGACGAGGUGGAGGCUCCCGCCGGCGUCCGCGGUGAAGCCACCAUCGAUGCCCCCAGCGGCUCUGCGCCCGGUGCGUCAUACAUUGAGCGUCUGCGCCACAACCGUAUGCAGGCCAUCAGCACCCGGCGACGCCGCAAGGCCAAGAUGAAGAAGCACAAGUUCAAGAAGCUGUUGAAGAGGACGCGCACUUUGAGACGGAAACUCGACAAGGCUUAG